AUGCAGCAGGACGCGGGCGACGACGGCUACGAGGUCCCCGUCACGCGCCGCCUCUCCGAUGCCCUCAAAGAGAAGGACGUCGAGGCCCGCAAGAACCGCGAAGAGGCCGAGCGCCGCCUCCGCGAGAAGGAGGAGAAGCGCAUGGCACGCCAGCGCAAGAUCGAUGCCCUAGAUGCCAUCCCGGACGACUUGGAGGUCGGCUCGGUCAAUCAGCAUAUGUAUGAGGCGGGCGUGCAGGAGGAACUCGAUAUGCUCGAUCAUGACUUGGUGGGGCUCAAGCCCGUCAAGACCAGGGUUGCUGAGAUUGCUGCCCUGCUGAUUGUGGAUAAGCUCCGCAAGAGUCUUGGCUUGGAGACCGCAGUUCCGAGUUUGCAUAUGUCGUUCACGGGCGCCCCGGGAACUGGAAAGACCACUGUCGCGAUGCGUAUGGGGCAGCUGCUCAACAAGAUGGGGUACUGCCGUUCCGGUCAUUUGACUGUCGCGACGAGGGACGAUUUGGUGGGGCAGUAUGUGGGGCAUACAGCGCCGAAGACGAAGGAAGUUGUGAAGAAGGCGUUCGGGGGCGUCUUGCUGGUCGAUGAAGCCUACUAUUUGUACAAUGCUGCUAAUGACAAAGAUUAUGGUCAGGAGUCGAUUGAGAUUCUCCUCAAUGUCAUGGAGACUCAGAAGGAAGAUCUCAUUGUCGUUCUGGCAGGAUACGAGGACAGGAUGGACAAGUUCUAUGGUUACAAUCCUGGUAUGAGCAGCCGAAUCGGAAAUCACAUUCAGUUCCCGAACUAUUCGGCGGAUGAGCUGGUGAAGAUUGCCGAGUUCAUGACGAGGGACCUCGAGUACGAGUUCGCGGAUGGAGCGCCAGAUAAGUUUAGGACGUACGUUGAGAAGAGAAUGUCCAUGCCUUACUUUUCCAACGCCAGAACCGUGCGAAACGCAGUCGACAGGGCUCGCAUGCGCGCAUCCAUUCGGCUGUUCAACAGAGCCAUGGGCAAAGAGGGCAACGGUAUGAUUUCCAAGAAGGACUUGAAGCUCAUCCUGCCAGAAGAUCUGGUGUCGGCUGAUGAAUUGGCGGCCCGUGGUGCGACAGCUAUUGUCGAAUAAGAGUUUUUAAAAGGUAUUUUGUUGUCCCAGUGAAGGAGUGAGUCGUUGAGUAGGAUAGGCGGAGAGGUGCUUUUGUUUGGGGGUUGUUGAGCAGGACUGAGGUGGAUUUUCUCUUGACAAGGUGAAGUCGGUUUCUGAGUUGUAGGGACGAUUUUUUGGAGUCGCUUGUACAAGGUCAAGUGUGCCCGUUGCUUUAAAGUUUUGCCCAGAUGAAAAUCGCAAACCCGAUAGGGUUGACAUGCCACGAUCAGCGAGGCGAAUUCUUCUGUUCUUGAGCUUCGAGACGCGGUCUAAUAGUUGCGCCUUAAGUACCCAUGGUACGGCAUAAUCUUUAUGCAAGUUGUAAACACACAGCGAGCUUGCAAAGAAGGGUGUACUUGUACACUCGCGGCGAUGUUGCGCUCCCGAGCUCUCCUGCUA